GCGCCUGUCCCUUCCGGCUUGCGGUACCCUCAGCGGUGGCGUUCUCCGCUCUCCCUGCGUGGCUGACUCUACAGCAGGGAGCCAGAACUUUACGCGCUUUCUCCACCACCGUGUCCCGCAGGUUCCCAGGCCUACCAGCUUGAGUGCCUUGUCGUCUCUGAGCCGUGGGGCAGGUCCGAGGGCGGAAGUCCCGCCCCAUGAUGGCGGGGCGGUGGCAGAGCUAGUGACCCCCUGGGGAGGCCGGUGAGUCCGCUGCCAGCUCGUUGCGAGCCCGCCAGUGGGAAAGCUGAGGACGUCGGACUGUCCUCCACGCCCGCCUAGCCUUGCUCCUAGCUUCCCGCUUUCUCAGAAAACUUGCACCUUCCCUCUCCCGGACCUGCUUCUUCUGGGGCGCUCUCUCCGUGGUGCUCAGUCAUGUUUAUCCCACAGUGCUGAACCACGGAUUUUCCCAAACGUUAAGAGAGGCAUGUGGCUGUGCGGGAACAAACAGCAACUCUGAAUUCCGCGCCACCAAAUAGGGUGACUUUUAUGCAGCAGAGAUUAUAGAGAUGCUUAAUAGUGUGCUUGCCACGGAGAAGUCUAGUGGAACAGACAGAUUGAUUAACGGGGAAGUACUGUGUUGAGUGAGAGGCUCUGUGAUAGAAGUGUCAACAUAGUGACCAGGAGAGCGUUGAGAAGGAGCUGGCAAGAGACUGGGAAGGGUCAGCCAAAGGAUGGACACGUUCAGUCAACCAGGGAGUGCGGCAAGAAGACCAUCUGCCCUUCUUUCCUGAAGGUGGAGGGGACAACAGUGGGCACCAUGGGAGACCCAAGACCCCAGGAAUGAUUCUCCCAAGCAGCAGCGGGGCGAAAGGAAAGCUCUAGCUAGGCACUGCCUCCAAGGACAGAGAAAGUGGCUGUUGACCAGGACUGGCCUAGCAUUUACCUGUUGCAGCGCCAUUUAAACCCUCUACAGUACCUCUUCCUGUCAAAAUGGGGUAUCCAGUAAAAAAGGGCAUGCCCAUGGCCAAGGAGGGCAAUCUAGAACUUUUAAAGUUGGAGGCAUCUAUACUGUGAUUCAGACAAAAGCCAAAACAACAGCAGAUGAAUGGGGAGACAAUUAUUUUCUGAUAGGUCCAUAUUUUGAGCAUAAUAUGAAGACUCAGGUGGAACAGUGUGAACCUGUAAAUGAUGCCGUCAAAAGAGCAGUGGACACAAUGAAUAAGCACGGCUGCCAGGUGCAUUUUGGAAGAUGGCUGAUCGAAGGGAGUCCUUACGCGGUGCUUUUUGACAUAGGCUAUUCGGCGUGGAACCUGGACAGGUGGAAGGGUGACCUGUGGGAAGCGUGCGGUGUUGGCAUUCCUUAUCAUGACCGAGAAGCCAAUGAUAUGCUGAUAUUUGGAUCUUUAACUGCCUGGUUCUUAAAAGAGGUGACGGAUCAUGCUGACGGCAAACAUGUCAUCGCCCAAUUCCAUGAAUGGCAGGCUGGCACUGGACUAAUCCUUUCUCGAGCUCGGAAGCUUCCUAUUGCCACAAUAUUUACAACCCAUGCCACACUACUUGGGCGGUAUCUCUGUGCAGCAAAUAUUGAUUUCUAUAACCAUCUUGACAAGUUUAACAUAGACAAAGAGGCUGGGGAAAGGCAGAUUUACCACCGGUACUGCAUGGAGCGGGCCUCUGUUCACUGUGCUCAUGUGUUCACCACAGUUUCUGAAAUAACAGCAAUAGAGGCAGAACAUAUGCUGAAGAGAAAGCCUGAUGUAAUCACUCCUAAUGGCUUGAAUGUUAAAAAAUUUUCAGCAGUGCAUGAGUUUCAAAAUCUACAUGCCAUGUACAAGGCUAGGAUCCAAGAUUUUGUUCGAGGUCAUUUCUAUGGUCAUCUGGACUUUGAUCUUGAAAAGACUUUGUUCCUUUUCAUUGCUGGGAGGUAUGAGUUUUCAAACAAAGGUGCUGACAUCUUCCUAGAAUCCUUAUCCAGACUAAAUUUCCUGCUGCGGAUGCACAAAAGUGAUGUCACGGUGGUGGUGUUUUUCAUCAUGCCUGCCAAGACAAAUAAUUUCAAUGUGGAAACCCUAAAAGGACAGGCAGUGCGAAAACAGCUAUGGGACACUGUACAUUCUGUGAAGGAAAAGUUUGGGAAAAAACUCUAUGAUGCAUUAUUAAGAGGUGAAAUUCCUGACUUGAACAGUAUUUUGGAUCGAGAUGACUUAACAAUUAUGAAAAGAGCCAUCUUUUCAACACAGCGACAGUCUCUGCCCCCUGUGACCACUCACAACAUGAUUGAUGACUCCACGGAUCCCAUCCUCAGCACCAUUAGACGGAUCGGACUUUUCAACAACCGUGCCGACAGAGUCAAGGUGGUUUUGCACCCAGAGUUUUUAUCUUCCACCAGCCCCUUAUUACCCAUGGAUUAUGAAGAGUUUGUACGAGGCUGUCAUCUUGGAGUAUUUCCGUCAUACUAUGAACCCUGGGGUUAUACUCCAGCCGAGUGUACUGUGAUGGGUAUCCCCAGUGUGACAACAAACCUCUCUGGCUUUGGCUGUUUCAUGCAGGAACACGUGGCUGAUCCCACUGCUUAUGGUAUUUACAUUGUGGACAGGCGGUUCCGCUCUCCUGAUGACUCUUGCAAUCAGCUGACUAAGUUUCUCUAUGGAUUUUGCAAACAAUCACGCCGCCAAAGAAUUAUCCAGAGGAACCGAACUGAGAGGCUCUCAGAUCUUCUGGACUGGAGAUACUUAGGCAGAGUAAGCAAGGUUUUGACAAAUGCAGGGGACUACUUAAAAGAUUCCACCAGACAUGGCAGCACCUGUGGCUCAUAUUACCAGCAUGCCAGGCACCUGACAUUAAGCAGAGCUUUUCCAGAUAAAUUCCAUAUGGAACCCACAUCACCCCCAACGACGGAAGGAUUCAAAUAUCCCAGGCCUUCCUCAGUGCCACCUUCUCCUACAGGGUCUCAGGCCUCCAGCCCUCAGAGCAGUGAUGUGGAAGAUGAAACUGAGGAUGAGCGAUAUGAUGAGGAAGAGGAGGCCGAAAGGGACCGGUUAAAUAUUAAGUCGCCAUUUUCUCUGGGCCGUGUUCCUCCUGGGAAGAAAAAGCUACAUGGUGAAUAUAAGAACUGAAUUCCACACAUCUUGAGCAGAGCUAAUUUUGUAAGAACAAUGUUAAGAAUGAUUAUUUAAAAGGAUGAAAAUACUACACAUUUUAUUUUCUUCUUCUAAGUAUUACAAUGGAAUUUUUCUGUGACUAAAAAGUAGAAAAGAUCAAGUAAAUGGCAAUUCUGUGAUCUAGAAUAAAAUCCAAGUUAUUCUCCCCACCUCUUGUUUCCCCAGUGAAUUUAGACAUGAAGAGGAAUGUUAGAGGGGGAAGACUGGACAUGUUUUAAAAAAUGGUUACUUCAAGCAACAAUUAUUUUCUCUUACUAGUGUUUGUUAAAAAAAUUAUUAUCAUCAUAAUCCUUUUCCUGGUGUUUAUACAGCUUCUACAAGCAUAUACCCCUGCAUACAAGUCUUUCAUCCCCACCCCACCCCAUAUCCUGAUUUUAGCCAUGAAUGUGUACUAUCUACCUAUUUUAAAUAAAAAAACUAGUUCUUUACUGGUCAUUUUCACUUUUCUCAUACUAAAAUCUCAUUUUCACGUGAUUUUAUAUCUAGCUUUACAAAGACAAAAUCCAUAAGCAAAUAGAAUCUGUCCUAAAUCCAGAUCUCAAUGCAUAUUAAUGCACAUUUGUAUCACUUUUGAAAUCUAGAAUUUAUGAUUCAUGAUUUAUGACAGAUGAUACCAUUUGCACUGUGCCAUCUUACUGUAACCAGUGUUCUACUGCUUAAAUGGAAGGGAAGGCCUUUUCAAAAAUUUGGUCAAUCUUCCAUAGAUGAUAAAUGGUUAAACCCAAAUGAGUAAAUAUGUCAAUAUUUGAUAACUUAA